AUGUCCGAAAGUGAAGAUUUUGAAUCAUUAAAAGUACUUGAACUUCAAAAUGAACUUAAAAAACGUGGUCUUGAUACAAAAGGACGUAAAGCUGAUUUAAUUGAUCGAUUACGGCAAGCAAUUAAUAGUGGAACUGGUGAUACAACAAUAAAUGAAUCUAUGCAUAGUGAUGAAGAUGAUGAUGAUGAUGAUGAUGAUGAAUCAGCUGCAGCUAUAAUAGAAGAUACUCACAAAGAUAAUGAUGAACAAGAAGAAACAUCAGUUGAAGGAAAUUCACAAGUAAUUGAAGAUCAUCCUAUUGAUGAACAAAACAUAGAUGAAUCACCAUCAAAUAAAAAACGUCGUCUAACAGACGAAGAAAUUGAAAAAGAAGUCGAAGAAACUGAAGAUAAUACAAAUGAAAAUCAAAUAAAUAAACAAGAAAAUGAUGAUGAUGUAUUAAAACAAAAACGUAAAAAAAAAAGUCGUUGGGCUUUAGAACAAGACGAAGAAUCAACAGAAAAACAAUCAACUACAAAACAAACAUCCGAUGAUGACGAUGAUGAUGAUGGUGAUGGUGAUGGUGAUGAUGCUAACGAUGAUGAUAAUACUAAUAGUAGUAGUAGACAUCGAGAACGAGAUCAUGAUCGUGAUUAUCAUCGAUCAUCAAGACAACGUGAUGACGAUCGACAUUAUAGUAGUCGACAUUCAGAAAAAUCAACCGAAAGAGAAAUACCACUUCCAGACGAAGAAACUGUGCAAUUUAAUAAUGAUGAUGUUGUGCUUGAUUUUUAUACAUCGGAUUUGAAUCUUACUGUUAAUCCAGAUUGUUUAUCAGCAUUGAAUAAAUCUAAUGAUGCAUUAUGUUUCUUAUGGGCUGGUGCACGUGCAACAUAUGGAUUUAAACAAGGAAAAAUUUGCUAUGAAAUUCGAAUAACUGAAACAAUAAAUUGUCCGCAAAUGCCCGAUAGCGAAAAAGAAAAAUUCGGCAUUCGUGUUGGUUGGUCAAAUUUAUUGUCAGGUCUUCAUGCGCUUCAAUUAGGUGAAUUUAAUGAUUCAUUUGCUUAUACAUCAAUCGGUAAAAAAAUGAGUAAAACAAAUGAUGAAUUAAUUGAAGAGACUUAUGGUGAAUCAUUUGGAACAUCUGAUGUUAUUGGUUGUUAUAUUGAUUUUGGAGAUAAUGCAGAAGAUAAUUUAAUUCGUAUGUCAUUUACAAAAAAUGGUGAAGAUUAUGGUCAAGCAUUCGAAUUUUCGACAAAGACUUCCACCGAGUUUUACCCACAUAUAUUAGUCAAAAACGUUAAAUUUGAAUGUAAUUUUGGACAAUUAGAACAAUCAUGGUCUGAAAUCAAAUCUGACUAUAUAUUUGCACAACAAAUUCCUUUAUCAGAUCGUAUACGUUGUUCGGAACCAAUUUUAGAAAAAUCAACUUGUCAAGUUAUUCUUCUUUCGGGCUUAAAUGGUUCUGGUAAAACAACAUGGGCCAAGAAAUACAUAGAAGACAAUCCAAAAAAAGAUUUUAAUUUAUUAAAUAUCGAAUAUGUUCUUAGUAAAAUGACAACGGAUGGAAAAUUACCGAUUGUAAAAGAUCGUAAUGAUGGUCUAAUGUUACGUGUGAAUAUAUGUUUACAAAAAUUAAUUGAAAUAGCAGCACAACGUCGACGAAAUUAUAUUAUUGAUCAUGUAAAUACAACACGAGAAAGUCAAUCUAAACGUCAACGUUUAUUUACUGGUUAUCAUCGAAUUGGUGUUGCUAUUGUACCUGAUGAUGAUGAAUUAAAACGACGUAUUGAAAAGUUAGAAAAAUCUGAAAAUAUUUCAAUACCAUCACAAUGGAUUAAAGAAGCUAAAGCAAAAUUUUAUUUUCCACAAAAAAGUUCAUCAUUAGAAGAUGUUAUCUAUCCAGAGUUAUCUUAUGAUGAUGCUAAAUCAUUAUAUGAUAAAAUACGUCGAGAUUAUGAUCAACAUCGUUCAUCAUCAUCACGUUAUGAUCGACAUGAUGACUAUCAUUCAUCACGCAAUAAUAAUCGAAAUCGUUAUGAUGAUCGUGAACAUCGUAGCCGAGAUCGUGAUCGCGAUCGUGAUCGAUACGCUCGUUCACGUUCACGUUCGCGUGAUCGCGAUCGUCGAACAUCGUCACGUGAUGAUUCAAGAUUUUCAUCAUCACAUAGAAAUGAUAAUUAUCGUGGCGGCGGCGGCGGCGGCGGCGGCGGCGGCGGCGGCGGCGGUGGUGGUGGUGGUGGUGGUGGUGGUUACUCUCGCGGUGGACCUAACCGUUAUUCUGAUCAUCGACAAGAUUCAAGAAAUAAUCAACGUACUGGUUUUCACGAAGGUGGCAAUAAUAAUUAUCGUGGAAGAGGAAGUAAUUAUAAUAAUCAAUCCAAUGAUGAAUGGCGUGGUGGAUAUCAUCAACGAAAUGAUUUUAAUAGUGGACGUAAUCGCGGUGGUUUUGAUAAUAAUAGAAAUCAAUAUAAUAAUAAUCGCGGGUCAUAUCAUGAUAAUCAACGUACUGGUGGAUUUAGACAAGAUUUUAAUAAUCAACAACGAGGUCGACAAUUUAAUGAUUAUGAUAAUAAUCAACAGCAACCACAACAAAGUGGUGGAAGAGGAUUUAUGCAAAAUAAUAAUAAUUUUAAUCAACAACAGGAUAGACAAAAUUUUGUUUCUAGACCUCCUAUGCAGCAACAACCACAACAGCAACAGCAUUCAUUUCAUAAUCCACAACAACAACAACAACAACAACAACAACAACAACAACAACAACAACGCUUACAACCACUUCUUCAAAAUAUACCAUCGAAUCAACAACAAUUUCCGUCUCAUAUGACACAACAAACAGCAAAUAAUCCCAAUCUAUCUUUACCAAUACAAAGUUCAUUAAAUGUUAAUCAAUUAUCUAACCCUGCUAAUGUUACUCAACAAAAUGCGCUUGAUCCAUGGCUUGCAUUAUGUGCAGCUGCUCUCAAUUCCCAACCUACAGCAGUAGCAGCACCUCAACAACCGCAACAAGAUACAAAUUCUUUAACUCAACAAUGGGCUCAAUGGUUAAAAACAGCACAAAUGGCUCAAACAGCACAACAAACACAACCUCAAUUAACAGUUCAACAAACUGAUUCUCAUCAACAACAGACACAAAUUCCAGAUGCAAAUGCAUUGUACUAUCAAGCCUAUUAUGCUCAGUUAGCUGCUGCUCAACAACAAGCAGCAGCAGCCGCUGCCGCUGCAGCUGGAUCAACGAACGGAGGUGUUGCACCACCCAACACCAAUGAUAAAUAG